AGUAAAGCACUAAAAUCCAUACGCAGAGUAAAUAGAAAUACUCCACCUUCCACCUCUCAACAAACUAAGAAUGAAGAAAGCAGAGCUGAUGUUCAUCCCAUUUCAGGCUGUCGGCCACAUCGUGUCGAUGAUCGAGAUCGCGAAGCUCCUCACCCAUCGCUACUCCCACCUCUCCAUCACUUUCCUCAUCAUAAAGCCUUUCUCUGCCUCAGCCGCCGACGCCCACAUCGAAGAAUCUCUACGCGCCGCCUCCGCUGCCACCGCAGCAGCCAUCAAAUAUCUAAUCCUCCCUCCCCCAGAAUCAACCCCCGAUACUGAUUCCGUGUCCCUUCUCACCUUCUUCGACCUCUACGUCGCCGCCCACAUACCCUCCGUCCGAGCCGCCGUCGCCGACCUCAGCAGCUCCCUGAACUCGGUCCCAGUCGCCGGCUUUGUACUCGACAUGUUCUGCACCGCGAUGAUGGACCUGGCUGGCGAGCUGGGCGUGCCUUCCUAUGUGUUCAUCCCGUCCGGCGCCGCCUUUCUCGGUCUCUUGCUCCAUUUCCAAGCACUUCGGGACGACCAUGGCGUCGACGUCACCGAGUUCCACGACUCAGACGCUGAGUUGGCCGUCCCGUGUUUUGUUAACCCGGUUCCCGCCCGGGUAUUGCCCUCUGUGGUGGUGGAGAAAGAGCGUGGGUCCACCUCCAUCCUAAACGCCACUAGGAGAUUCAAAGGAUCAAAUGGUAUUUUGAUUAAUACGUUUGUGGCGCUAGAACCGCAUGCAGUCAAUGCCCUCAAGAGUGGUACCAUUGAAAUCCCACCUGUUUAUCCAGUGGGACCAAUACUCAAUCUUCCGAAUGAUGCGCAAGAACAGGAAUCCAGCAUCAUAUCUUGGCUUGAUGAUAAACCCCCGUCGUCAGUGGUUUUCUUGUGCUUCGGAAGCUUUGGGAGCUUCAACCCAGAUCAAGUGGGAGAGAUUGCACAUGGACUCGAGCGUAGCGGGCAACGGUUCCUCUGGUCCUUACGCAAGCCUCCACCACCAAAAUCUCGGCUUGUGUUCCCAACUGACUACGCCAACCCCGAAGAAGUACUACCCAGUGGGUUCUUGGAACGAACCACUGGAAUAGGGAAGGUCAUAGGAUGGGCACCGCAGUUGGCAGUGUUGGCCCACAAAGCAGUAGGAGGGUUUGUGUCGCAUUGUGGGUGGAAUUCCACACUAGAGAGUAUGUGGUGCGGGGUGCCUAUUGCAGCAUGGCCGAUGUAUGCAGAGCAACAGCUUAAUGCAUUUGAGAUGGUGAGGGAGUUGGGCAUUGGGAAGGAUAUUAGAAUAGAUUACAAGUUAGACGGUGGAGGUCUGGUGAGCGCGGAGGAGAUAGAAAGGGGAAUCAAGGAUGUGAUGGGGGGAGAAAGUGACAUGAUUAGAACAAAUGUGAUGGAGAUAAAAGAGAAGGCUAGAGAGGCUCUAAGCGAGGGCGGCUCUUCAUCUAUUUCUUUGGGCCAUUUCGUCGAACAAGUGCUGCAUAACAUGGAGUUUGAAAACAGCUAGGUAGAAGAAACAUGGUGGAAACGUGUCUUGCGAGGAUGGUUCAAUGGUUGGAUUCUUAUAUUUUUAAUUUGAUGCACUUAUUAUUA